GGGUGGGGUGUGGCGGGGGCGGCCCCGGUGGGAGCGGGGCUGCUCCGGGGGGUCCCGGUGCCCCCCGAUCUCUCCAUGCAGGGCAUGGGGAGCCUCCGGCUGGGCAACCGCGCCGUCAUGUACACGGCGGAGACCCUCCCCAAGGGCAAGAACCGCGUCAUGGGGACCAUCCAGAUCAUGACAGGAUUCCUGCACAUCGGCUUCGGGAUCGUGCUGACCACGCUCACCAACCUCUACACCUCCGUGUUCGUCAUCGGGGAGAUCCCGUUCCUGGGCGGCGUGUCGUUCAUCAUCUCUGGCUGCCUCUCCAUCGGGGCCGAGAAGAGCCCCACGGAAUGCGCGGUGAAGGGCAGCCAGACCAUGAACAUCAUCAGCGCCAUCUUCGCCCUGCUAGGGAUCGUGGCCUUCAUCGUCGACCUCAACCUCAACGUGCUCUACCACUCCAGCCUCGACUACCAUGGUUACCUCGUCCUGCUCGCAGGGAAUGGGAUUUCCAUCGUGCUCCUCAUCUUCACCAUCCUGGAAUUCUGCAUUGCCGUGGCCACCGCCAACUUCUGGUGCCGGGCCACCCGGCUCAGCUCCAAUGAGUCCAUGCUGAUCGUCCCCAGUGCCACCCGUGUGGACCUGGCCGUGCCGCCGGCGGAGCUGCCACAGCCACCCAGCUACACCGAGCUGGCUGCUCCUGAAGUCUGACACCAGAAUGGGAUCCUGCCUCCAUCACUCCCAAAUCCAGGGCUACGGCAUCGUCUUCCCGCUGGGAUACGCUGGUCCCCCCUCUCCAAAAGCCAGCGAGCCCCCCCAAAUUCCCACUUUCCUGCCCAUCCAUCUGCCCCUGUGCCUGGUCUGAGGGGCAUUCCUUGCUGGCUGCUUUGGGAAGGGGCUUCUCCGUGCGGGACUCUUGGGGAAUUCCUGCCUGUAAAUCUCCAGUGGGAUCCUGGGAUUCACUUAUGUCAGGAUUCAGGACUUCCCGGGGGUCCGGUGGCUUGGAGUGAUCCCGAUGUGUGGAUCCACCAGACCAUCUACCUCGGCUUGUCUCGCGUUGGCUUGAUUUUAUCUUGGGAAUAAAUGCUCAGUCUGGGCUUGUGUCUCCUGAA